AUCUCAAGCUAAAAAAAGCAUUAUUCCAUUCUCUCUACUCCUAAAUUUCUUUAUUCACUUAGCCAAAAAAACAAACAUGAAGAUGAGAAUAGAGAGUUCAAGAAUUGUUAAACCUAUUUAUGAAGACAUCUCUCCAACAAAAAGUCAUAUUCCCCUUAGUGUCUUUGAUAAGGUUACAUAUGAUGCGCAUAUUGCUAUAAUAUAUGCAUAUCGUCCUCCCACCCCACCAAAUACUGCUAUUGAGCUAGGUCUUCAAAAAGCCUUAGCUAUUUAUCCUGAAUUAGCUGGGAGAUUAGAGAAAGACGAACAUGGAAAUCCAGUGAAUAUUCUUCUCAACGAUGAAGGUGUUAGAUUCGUCGAGGCAUCGGCCAAUAACACCCUUGAUCAAGUCAUACCCUACAAACCUUCACCAUCUUUGCUACACCUACACCCUAGCUUGAAUGAUGUAAAAGAAUUGGUACAAGUCCAAUUAACUAGGUUCACCUGUGGCUCUUUGGUGGUUGGCUUUACUUCCAAUCAUAUGAUAGUGGAUGGCCAAUCUACUAGCAACUUCUUGGUUGCAUGGGGUCAAGCAUGUCGAGGCCUCAGAGUCAAUCCACUUCCUUUGCAUGAUCGUACAAUUUUUACCCCUCAAAAUCCUCCUCAGAUCGAGAACGAGCAUAAGGGAGUGGAAUUCACGUCUAAGUUAGUGAAAAAGGAGCGUUUGCUGAAUCAGGCUCAUCAUAUAUCGGAAGAUAUAGUUGUACACAAAGUUCAUUUUACUAUUGAGUUUCUUGCCAAGCUUAAAGUCAAGGCUUCUUCCUUGAAUGGAAAUAACAAGCCUUAUAGCACAUUUGAAAGUCUCGUCGCACAUCUAUGGAGGGCCAUAACCAAAGCUCGUGGGCGAAGUGCCUUUGAAACCACACAAAUCAGAAUCGCAGUCAAUGGUAGGGCGAGGUUGAAUCCUAGAGUACCUAAUGAGUACUCUGGAAACUUAGUCCUUUGGGCAUUUCCAACUACAAAAGUAAAGUACCUUUUACGUGAGCCUCUACCACAUGCAACAAAACUCAUACAUGAUGCUAUUACAAAGGUAAACAACAACUAUUUCAGAUCAUUCAUUGACUUUGCCAAUACCAGAGUGAAGGAACAAGAUCUCAUUCCAACAGCAGAUAUGAAUGAUCAUAUACUUGGCCCUAAUCUUGAAGUGGACAGUUGGUUAAGGUUUCCAUUCUAUGACUUAGAUUUUGGAACUGGUUGUCCUUACAUUUUCAUGCCUUCUUAUUUUCCAGUAGAAGGUGGGAUGUUUUUUCUACCAUCCUUCGUUGGAGAUGGAAGUAUUGAUGUCUUCAUUCCUCUAUUUCAGGAUAACUUGCCCACCUUCAAGAAAAUCUGCUAUUCCUUGGAUUAGUUUGCAGAUUAACAAUUAACUUCAAUAAUGCACCCCCAUGUAUAACUUCUAAACGCAAAUUAGUCUGUUCUUCCUAAUUUCCCCUCUUUUUUUUUUUCUUAUACUUUUAGAUUCUUAAUUUUCUUUAUCUAUAAAUAGGGGGUAUGCAUCAACUACUUCAGUUUUGUUAUGUACUCCUAUUACUUUGAUCUUAUUGGAUUUUGAAAUAAUAAAUUUCAAUCCGAAUAA